AUGACCGGCACGGAUUUGGGCCACAAAGUCCCGGUGGCCUCCGGAUCCGGCUCAGUCGCUCCGGUGGCUCCGGCUCCUCCAGGAUCGGCCGAGGAUGGAGCUGGGUGGCGGCAUCUUCAUCCUCCUCCUCCUCUUCAUCCCUCAGAGGCUCUGUCAGCCCCCUGUGCCAACGGUGGCACCGCGGUGGGCGACAGCUGCGUUUGUCCCCCCGGCCGCUCCGGCCGCCGCUGCGAGACCCCCGACCCCGCCAGCGCCUGCCAGAACGGUGGCACCGCCGUGGGCACCGCCUGCUACUGUCCCCCGGGCUUUGGGGGACCCCAGUGCCAGCACUCCGACCCUGGCAGCGCCUGCCGCAACGGGGCCACCGCCUUCGGGACAACGUGCGUGUGCCCGCCGGGAUUCCAUGGGGACGCCUGCCAGGACGUGGAGGAACCCGGAUCGUGCCUCAACGGUGGCACUUUGGAGAAGGGGACGUGCCGGUGUCCCCCGACGGCUUGGGGACCUCGGUGUGAGUGCACCGGGAUGAUCCUGACCACGGCCGGGGGGAUGGUGUUGUACGUCAACGACACCACGGGGACAAACGGCACGGUGACGGCCACCACCACGGAGAGUACCACGGACAAGCCACUGGUGCGGCGGGCGAGGAAUGUCACGGCCAGACCUGCGGAGGGCAACGCCACCACCGUGGGAAAUGUCACCACGGCCACCACCGUGGAGGGCGAUGGCACCGUCAUGGGAAGGAACGUCACUGUCACCACCACGGAGAGCGACACCAGGGUCAGCGCCAGCACGGAUGAUGAUGUGAACGCCAACACGAACAAUUGCCUGAUCACCAUCACGACCACGGCCAGCACCAACACGGACGAUGACGUGAUCGCCAACACGGACAAUGACGUGAUCACCACCACGACCACGGUCAGCGCCAACACGGACCAUGAUGUGAUCACCACCACGGAGAGGGACACUGUGCACAGGAGAAGUGUCACCAUGGCCACCACCCCCGAGAGCAACACCACGACGACGCUGCCGGCGCGCCGGGUGAGAAAUGUCACGGCCUCGCCCAUGGGGAGCCCCACCAGGGCCACCACCAUGGAGGGUGAGACCACAGCCAUGGAAGGUGACACCACAGUCACACCAUCAAACCUUGUGGAAGGUGAGACCACGGCCAUGGAAGGUGAGACCACCCCCAUGGAAGAUGAGACCACGGUCAUGGAGGGUGACACUGAGGCCACCCCCAUGGAAGGUGACACCGAGGCUACACCAGUGGCCACCAUGGUGAGCAACACCAGGACCACCACUGUGGAAAGUGACACCGUGACUAUGCUACCAGGGCACCUGGAAAGCCACAGCAGGGCCAUCACCAGGACGAGGAACACCACGGCCGCGGAGAACAACACCAGGGCCACCACCGUGGAAAGUGACACCACGGCCGUGCCAAUGACCAUUGUGGGAGGCCACACCAGGGCCACAGAGAACAACACCAGGGCCACCACUGUGGAAAGUGACACCACGGCCGUGCCAAUGACCAUCGUGGGAAGCCACACCAGGGCCACGGAGAACAACACCAGGGCCACCACCGUGGAAAGUGACACCACGGCCGUGCCAAUGACCAUCGUGGGAAGCCACACCAGGGCCAUGGAGAACAACACCAGGGCCACCACCGUGGAAAGUGACACCACGGCCGUGCCAAUGACCAUCGUGGGAAGCCACACCAGGGCCAUGGAGAACAACACCAGGGCCACCACCGUGGAAAGUGACACCACGGCCGUGCCAAUGACCAUCGUGGGAAGCCACACCAGGGCUAUGGAGAACAACACCAGGGCCACCACCGUGGAAAGUGACACCACGGCCGUGCCAAUGACCAUCGUGGGAAGCCACACCAGGGCCAUGGAGAACAACACCAGGGCCACCACCGUGGAAAGUGACACCACGGCCGUGCCAAUGACCAUCGUGGGAAGCCACACCAGGGCCAUGGAGAACAACACCAGGGCCACCACUGUGGAAAGUGACACCACGGCCACCCCCCUGAAAAGCAACACCAGGGCCACCACCCUGGAGAGCCACACCCCGUCCACACUCCCAACUGCCCCAGCCGAUGUCAUCUCAAUGCCAGUCCAGCCCAACGCCACCCACACCAUCGCGGAUGCCACCGAGACCACAGCGGUGACACCCCAGGCCCCACCCAACACCACCGAAGCCACCGGGGCGCUGGGACACAUCUCCACCAGGACCACCGGGGAGAUUUUGACCAGCGCAGCCACCUCCACUGUCACCACCAUGGCCACCAUCUGCCUCUACCUCCCGCACGGCUCCAGCCCCCCCCUCAUCGUGUGCCACAACGGCGGCGUGGCCAACCGGACCCACUGCCUGUGCCCACCCGGCUACUCCGGCCCCACCUGCGAGACCCCCAACCCCAGUGACCGCUGCGCUGGUGGCAGCACCGCGGUGGGCGACCACUGCAUCUGCCCCCCGGGCCGGGUGGGACCGCGCUGCGCCACCCCCGACCCGGCCACCGCCUGUCGCCACGGUGGCACCGCCGUGGGCACCGAGUGCUACUGCCCCCCUGGCUUCUCCGGACCCCGGUGUGAAGACCCCCGGCCCACCACCGUCCCCCUGGAAACGCCCCUGAACCAAAUGAGAACUGCACCCCAGAGCACCAGGAGAACCACGACCACCACCAUCCCCACCACCAGAGACCCCUGCCUGAACGGGGGGCGCUGGAUGGGCAUGAGGUGUCUGUGCCCCCCCAACGUGAACGGCCCCCGCUGCGAGUUCGGUGCCAGCACCAUCAACCUGACGGCAGAGUUGGGUCCCUUCGUGAUGAUGAUGGCGCGUGUCACCAACCGGGACUUCUCGGAGGACAUGGGGGACACCUCGUCCCCUGGCCACCGGCGCUUUGCUGAGGAGUUCAGCCGGACGAUGGACGGGAUCUACCGGAACGUCUCCGACUACCGCGGGAUCCGUGUCCUGAGCCUGAGCCGCGGCAGCGUGGUGGUGAAUUACCGCAUCCAGUUGUGGCCCCUUCCUGGCAACGCCAGCCUGGAGCACCGAGCCCUGGAGCUGCUGGCGGUGGCCAACACCGCAUCCCAACCCCACAACUGCAGCCCCUCUGCCGACGGGCUCUGCUUCACCGCCACCUCCGCCAGAGCCACCAGACCCGCGAUGCUCUACAACUACACCGAGCUCUGCCGGAGACACGCGCCGGCCAACUUCAGCCGGUUCUACUUCCCGUACCGCAAGGCCAACGAGUUCUUCUGCGUCACCAACUGCACCCUCAACGUCCCCGGCUCCUUUGACUGCCACCACGGGUUCUGCAAGCUGACCAUAGAGGGACCCCAGUGCUUCUGCCCAGACCUGCCCUGGUACCUCUCGGCCGGUGACCGCUGCCAAACCCACAUCAGCAAACUGGGGCUGGGCCUGGGCGUGGGGCUGGGGCUGGGCCUGACCAUCCUCAUCCUCCUCAUCCUCUGCAUUGUCCUCACCGUCCGCUUGGCCCAAGGGCGGAAGAAAUCACCCGGAGCCAGCCCCUUCACCCCUGCCCGGCUCCACAGUGCGGCCGCCGAGGACACUUGGCCGGACGGGGGCCGCAACAGCCGCGUCACCGGGAUCUACCACGUCAACGGCAGAGGUGGCGGGAAAGGUCCCUACGGACACAACACCUACAAGCCCAGCUCGGAGGUGGCGGAACCCCCGGCGCCGGUGCUGGCAGAAGGUGCAGCAGCCCUGUGACCCCCCCCCAUACCUGGGACGGGGUGACCAAGGUGCCCCCCAAGACCCUCGGCACCAUCGGGCAGCGACCGAAGCCCUCAGAUCCCUCAUUUUUGGGGGAAAAAAGGCGGGAUGAGGAUCCUCUGUGAGAGAGGAGGGAUCCCCCCAUGGUUCUUUUUUUUGCGGGGGGGAGGGGGGUUUCUCCUUGGAGAGGA